GUCUUCGAAAAAGCGAUAAGAAAAUGUGAUACUGUUUUGAAACCGUAUGGUGUAAGUGUCAUAGACAUUUUGACAAAAAAGGGGGAAAAAAAAUGCAAAAAUGCAUUAAACGCUUUUCUUGGAAUCGUCGCUAUUCAGAUUGGUUUAGUAGAUCUCCUAACAUCCUUAGGAAUUACUCCUGAUUAUAUAAUUGGUCAUUCAGCCGGUGAACUUGUUUGCGCAUACGCAGAUGAAUGCCUUACGAUUGAACAAACUAUUUUAUCAGCAUACUUUAUCGGUAUAGCAUGUGUUGAAGAAAAAAUAAUUCAUAGCUCGAUGGCGCUUGUCAAUAUUGAUUACGAGUGUCUUAAAAACAUAUGUCCAGGGGAUAUCGAAAUAGUAUGCCACAACAGUAAGAACUGCAACGUUCUGUGCGGACCAUUGGAAUCUGUACAAGAAUUUAUGAAAAAAUUACAGGUCGAUAAUAUUUACGUGAAGGAAAUCUACUGCAAUGUACCGUAUCACAGUUCUUACCUCGCACCGGCGGAAAAUCAGCUUCUGUUUAAUUUGAACAAAAUAAUACCACAGCCAAAAAAACGAAGUUCAAAAUGGAUCAGCACUUCUAUACCUCGCACCGAAUGGUUCACUUCAGCAUCAAAAUUAUCAUCGGCGAACUAUCAUACUCGAAGUAUAUUAAACCCUGUUUUAUUUCAACAAACAACAGAUCUAAUUCCAAGUAACGCUGUGGUCAUCGAAAUCGCACCAGACGGUGUUCUGCAGUACGUGUUGAGAGGAUCCUUACAUCCAAACGUGACAAAUCUUGUGUUAACUCGACGCAGCGAUCAAAACAUUGAUAUAAUUUUACAAGGAAUUGGAGAAUUGUAUAAUUGUGGUUUACAGCCACAAAUUGCCAAAUUAUACCCACAAGUACAAUUUCCAGUUAGCAGAGGAACUCCUAUGAUUUCCCCAUCAAUCAGAUGGGAUCAUUCUGAAAACUGGUUUGUACUGAAUCAAAAACAAGAGUUUAUAAAAUCGAGAGGGAGAUACGUCAACAUUUCACUCAACGACGAGGACUAUGAAUAUAUGAGCGGUCAUGUAAUUGAUGGGAGAAAUUUGCUACCCGCGACAGGUUAUUUGGGACUCGUUUGGAAAACAAUUGGCAUGAUAAAAGGGUUAAUGUACACAACAAUACCGAUAGUUUUUCGAGAUAUAAAAUUUAUUCGUGCUACUCAUUUAUUGAAGAAUGAUGCUGUAGAACUAUAUAUUGCAAUACAGACAGAUGGAAAGUUUGAAAUAACCGAAGGAGAUAGCGUUGUAGUCACAGGUACGGUAUACGAGGCAUUAAAUUCAAAACAAGAAAUGAUUCCAAUAAAUCUAUUAUCGGAAAAUAAUAAUGAAGAUGAAGAUAUGACUGCACGAGAUAUCUACAAAGAGUUGAAAUUGCGUGGAUACCAGUACAGGGACUUGUUUCGUGGAUUAAAGAGUGCUUCUAUUUCGGGAACCCAAGGACAUAUCGCUUGGAAAAAUAAUUGGGAAACAUUUAUGGACAGUAUGUUACAAAUGCAAAUUAUUGGAUAUGAUACUAGGGAAUUGUGUGUUCCUACGGGUAUUCAAAAAUUAGUGAUCAAUCCAAUGCUUCAUGCUUCAAAAUUACGAGAUAAUAUAGAUAAUGCAGAAGUUACAACAGACAUGAAUAAACUAUUACAGGUACGAGUAUACAAAGAGAUAGACACGAUAAAAGCUGGUGGUAUAGAGAUUCGAGGCCUGAAAGCUACUCAGAUCUCUCGCCGGAAAUUAGCCCAAGAUGCUAUUAUCGAGGAACAAACAUUUGUAGCUCAUUGCGAUCGUGCUAAGAUUUCAUUGAAUGAAGCAGUUCGAUUAUCGGCCCAACUAGUACUGGAAGAUCAUCAAAUUGUCAAAGUACAAACUGCUGAACUAGUGGAAGACGUUGAUGAUGUUGAAUUAGAAUAUCUUUCAUCAUCGUUGCUACUUGAGGCAUUUGGUGAUAUGCCACUGAUACAAGUGAAUGUCACUCUAUUAACAUCAUCAAAUCGUUUCAGGCCAGAAGACUUACCGCAAAACUUUUCAAUCAAAGCUUUUGAAAAAACAUCUUUAGACGACAAAGUUUUAAUUGUUGCUGGAUUCAACCUUUUGACCAAACAACUCGCAUCUUUAGAGCGACUGUUGCCAUUUUUGAGAGAUGGUGGUUAUCUGUUGACGCGUGAGAAAUUUGACAUAAGUGAUUAUAAAAAACAUUUACUGCAAUACGAAUUAAACGUUAUUCUUGAAAAACACACUGAUAAAGAACUAAUUGUGCUUCUGAAGAAAAAAGUUUCGAUAAGAGAAAGGACUGUUGUUUACAUAAAUAAUGAUAACUUUAAUUGGCUGGAAAAUCUGAAGCCGCUUGUGAGCGACGAGAAUAAGCUUAACAGUAAUAGUAGAAUUGUAAUUGUCGGAGAGAAAAAUUUUGAAUGCGGUUUAUUAGGUUUUGUUAACUGUUUGAGAAAAGAGCCAGGUGGAGAACUUGUUAGAGGUGUACUCCUUCAAGAUGAGGAGGCACCUAAGUUCUCUCUUAAAGAUCCCUUCUAUCUAGAGCAAUUACAGAAAGAUAUGACCAUUAAUGUACUGCGAUCUAAUAAAACUUGGGGAUCGUACAGACAUUUGAAAUUAUCACAACCCGAAGCCAAACCUGUACCUACCGCUCAUGUCUGUCAAACGGUUCGUGGUGAUUUAAGUACAUUAUGUUGGAUAGAGAAUAAUUUAUCAGAUAUGUAUUGUCGUGAGGACUUGGUGCACGUUGUUUACUCAUCUCUGAAUUUUAAAGAUAUAAUGCUCGCCAUUGGUAAAUUAACACUUCAUGAGGUGAUUUUACAAGGACGGUUAUUUCAGUAUCUUCCUCUUGGAAUGGAAUACGUGGGUUUCAAUGCUAACGGACAACGUAUAAUGGGAAUUCGUGAUACGAAUUGCAUAGCAAAUGUCGUUGAGAUAGAUCAAGAUCUUUGUUGGUAUAUACCCGAUGCGUGGACAUUUGAAGAGGCAGUAACGAUCCCAGCCGUUUACAGUACGGUUUAUUUAGCCUUAUACAUUUAUGGGAAAAUUAAAAAAGGUGAUAAAGUACUUAUACAUUCUGGUACUGGAGGCAUUGGACAAGCAGCUAUUCAUCUCGCUCUUAAAGAGGGAUGUGAGGUAUUUACUACCGUGGGCACAAAUGAUAAACGGGAUUUUAUUAGAAAAAUGUUUCCGACUAUUUUGGAUGAACAUAUUGGAAAUUCUCGAGAUACUAGUUUUGAACAAAUGAUAAUGCAGCAAACGAAAUGUCGCGGAGUCGACAUUGUGUUAAAUUCCUUGACGGAAGAAAAAUUAAUUGCCUCCGUCCGGUGUUUAGCUCAAAAUGGUCGAUUCUUAGAGAUUGGCAAAUUCGAUCUUGUUUCUAAUAAUCUCCUAGGUAUGUCUGCAUUUCAAAAAGGUAUCAGUUUUCACGGGAUUAGACUUGAAAACAUGAUGAUAAAAAAUAGGGAUUGCAAGUGGAAACGUUUAGUGCUCACAUUGAUCAAAAAUGGUCUAAGUGAUGGAACAAUUAAACCAAUUCAAGCAAAAAUUUUUCCAAAAACUAAUGUUGAAGAAGCUUUUAGAUAUAUGGCGAGCGGAAAGCAUAUGGGAAAGAUAAUUAUAAAUAUUCAUGAAAAAGAUGAACCUUUAGAUAAGCACAUUCUCGCGUAUCGUCGCUAUUAUUGUCUCAAAGAUAGGAGUUACAUUAUACUAGGAGGCCUGGGCGGAUUUGGUUUAGAAUUAACAGACUGGCUUAUAUUUCGUGGUGCCAGAAACAUCGUUCUGAUUUCAAGAAAUGGAAUAAAAAACGGUUACCAACAAAUGAAAAUUCGACUAUGGAAAUCGUAUGGUGUAAACGUUCUGAUCAUCAAGAAUAUCGAUGUUGCUGACCUCAAAGAUUGCGAAUAUCUCUUACGGACUGCGGAAAAAGAAGCUCCAGUGGACGCUAUAUUCAAUCUCGGUGUAGUUCUAAGGGAUGGCGCUCUCAAAAAUCAAACUGCAGAAGCAUUUGCAGAGUCCUUCCAAUCGAAAGCUCGUGCAACGCAAAUGCUGGAUAAACUUUCUAGGAAAAUCUGUCUUAACUUACGGCAUUUUGUGGUAUUCUCUUCCGUUUCCUGCGGUAGAGGAAAUGCUGGUCAGACAAAUUAUGGUAUGGCCAACUCUAUUAUGGAGAGAAUUUGUGAGAAAAGAGUGGAGGAAGGAUUGCCAGGAUUGGCGAUUCAAUGGGGAGCUGUAGGUGACGUGGGGCUCGUCGCUGACAUGCAGGAGAUCGAUAAGGAACUAAUUAUCGGUGGUACUUUACAGCAGAAGAUAUCUUGUUGUCUUGACGAACUCGAUAAGUUUUUACUUCAAAAUCGACCGAUUGUGAGCAGCAUGGUCGUAGCUGAAAAAAAAGUGGGACGUCACGGAUUGGGAAAUCUGGUAGAAACAGUUGCUAAUAUUUUAGACAUAAGUGACAUGAAGACUGUAAGCCUAAAUUCGUCACUGGCCGAACUUGGAAUGGACUCCAUGAUGUCCGUGGAAAUCAAACAAACUCUGGAACGAGAUUUUGAUAUAUUUCUUGUAGCACAAGAGAUACGAAACCUCACUUUCGCAAAACUCAUUAAGAUGUCCGUUACAAGCAUCAGUGACAAUGACGUAAAUGAUAAAAAGAAAUUCGACACAGAGAAGUCAGACGUUAUAAAAAUUUUAGUUGGUGUUACAUUAAAAGAUGAAGACUUUGUUUUCUCAACAGAUUUUUCGACUAACAGACAGAACACUACGACUGAAGUAUUUCUUGUACCGGGUAUUGAUGGAUGUGGUACUGUAUUUAAAACUGUAAUACCAUACAUUAAACUUUCAACAUCGUUGUUGCAUUAUAAUACAAACAACAUCGAUUCUACAAAUAUGAUAACGGAGACUACUAAUCGUCUCACAAACCACGUACUGCCAAAGCUAACAGAUGGAAAAGAUUUUGUAAUGGUAGGGUACUCUUUUGGAUCUCUUCUUGCAAUUGAAGUAACAAGGAUAUUAGAAGCUAUGAAUUUAAAAGGCCGACUUGUUCUCAUUGACGGUGCUCCUGAGUUAGCACGAACAAUGUUCAAACCUUUUGAAUCAGAUUUCGAUGAUGCAAAUUUUCAAAUUGAUGUAUUAACUAAUAUUCUGGAAAUUUAUUCAGUAGGAAGUUCUCGAAAGAUUUUAAUGGAAUUGAAGAAAUGUGAGAGUUGGGAUGAAAGAUUUAAUAUUUUUGCUAAACAGUUCUCAGUUAUAUAUACAUAUCUCUCAUUUGCAAAUUUAAAAACGUUGUGUAUAACGAUUUACAAACAUUUAUCUGCUCUUCGGCAAUAUGAUCCAUCUACAUUGCCACCUAUUAAGUCUCCCAUAAUAUUGCUAAAAUGUACACACUCGUCAAAUAUGAUUGCGAUCGAAGAAGAUUUUUGUUUGCAUAAGGUAACUCAAAAUAUGGUAAAAAUACAUUACAUUGAAGGUAAUCAUGUGACAAUCAUGAAGAAUGAAAAAGUAGCAGCUGCUAUUAACGGAGAAUUAUCAUUUACAAUUUGAUAUCUUAAUCUAUUUAUAAUUUGAUUUUACAGAACAGAUGAAUAAAGGAAUUUUUAAAGCUUUUUAAGGGGAUCCUAA